ACGGACAGGACACAGUACGUGUAUGAUAAGAGCUCAGAAGCACCUGGAUGAUGGCCUUCCGACCACCCAUAGUUCCGGCUCUAUGAAGUUCCAAUCUUAUCUGUAUGCACUAGUGAUAUCCGGAGCUCUCAGACAACGUUCCACUGCGGCGUAAAAGCGCACCAUCGACGAGCAAUGGCUUCCGGCUUCCCGAAGGCUACCUGAGUUCCUUCCGUCGUCUCUCGUCUGUUCAUAGCGCUCUCGCGGGUUGCAGGCGAUGGGACUCCGGCACAGAUUGCUCCAGAAGCUUGAAGUGCCCAACCAAGAGGAAGCACAAGCGGAUCGGUGGAACAACCAUGAUCUGAAGCCUGUCGAACCUGCGCGGAGGACAUGGGGCGCAAGGCAGUUCAUCGAGCUAUGGAUUCUGGUCAACAUGAACAUCUCCGGGUACCAGACCGGCUCAUCGCUCGUAGCCGAGGGGCUCAGCUGGUGGCAAGCAAUCAUCUGCAUUGCGUUCGGAGACAUUCUAGCCGCCACCUUCUGCACGCUGAACUCAACAUCCGGAGCCUACUACCACAUUGGCUACCCGGCGAUCGCCAGGAUCGCCUUCGGCAUGAACGGCAGCUACUUCGCCGUCCUCAACCGCAUCCUGCUCUCGGUCGUGUGGUUCGCCGUCCAAGCCUGGAAUGGCGGCCUCUGCGUGCUUGUCUGCCUCCGCGCGGUCUUCCCCGGGCACAUCGACCGCAUCCCGAACCCGUUCCCCGCGCGCACUGGCAUGGACGGCGCGCAGUUCAUGUGCUACAUCCUGUUUAUGCUGUUUUGCGUCCCCCUGACGUACAUACACCCGCACAAGCUGAAUACGUUCUUCAAGAUCUGCUCGGUGAUCGUGUUCAUCAACCAGAUUGCAAUGCUCAUCUGGGCGCUUGCGACCAUGGAGGGCGGUCUGUCCAGCAGCGUCCUCUCAACGGGCGAGGCGCUUAACAAGUCCAGUUUGGCAUGGGCGAUCUGCAAUGGGAUCAUGGCGCAGAUCGGCGGCAUCGCUGCUGGCAUCCUGAACGACAAUGACUUCACACGUUUUGCGAAGACUCCGGAAAGACGGGCGAUCAUGGCACAAGCUCUGACCUUCCCUGUAACGGCCUUCUUGACGUCUUUGUUCGGUAUUCUUAUUACCGCUGCUACGGCUGACCGAUACGGCGAAGCUAUAUGGAACCCUCCCGAAUUGCUGCUUGCCGCGCAGAAGGCGGGUGGCUCUGGUUCGCGCGCUUCGACUUUCUUCUGCGCGUUCGCUUGGAUCAUUUCUCAGCUAGGAAUCAACAUCCCCGGGAAUCUCGUCGCUGGUGGCGUAGAUGUGGCUGCAUUGUGGCCGAGGUACAUCAAUUUGCGCAGAGGCGCGUACAUGGUGCUCUUAGUCUCUCUGGCCGUGAACCCCUGGCAGCUCCUUAGCUCGUCAAGCGUCUUUCUGGAGGUGCUCAGCGCGUACUCCGUCUUUCUCAGUCCUAUGACCGGCCUGCUCGUCAGCCAGUACUACGUCAUCCAACGACGCUACUUCAAGGUCCCAGACCUCUACAUCGGCGACAAGCGCUCCAUAUAUUGGUACUCCCACGGCGUAAACUGGCGCGCCUUCGUCGCCUUCUUCAGCGGAGUCGCGCCGUGCAUCACCGGGUUCGUCGGCUCUGUGUCCGACCACCAGGUCAGCGCGGCGGCGAUCCACGUCUACGACAUCAACUACAUCGUCGGGUUUGGCAUAUCGUUUGUUGUCAACUGGGCGCUGCACUACCUCUUUCCGGUUCCGGAGCAACGCGAGUUCGUGCGACGGAUGGAAGAGGCGGGUGCGCCGAAGCACUUAGAUGGGCUGAUGGUUUACUUGGAGGAGGUUGAUGAGAAGUCAAUAAGCGACUCGUACGAUGUUGGUGUUAUUGAGGAGAAGGCUAGCGAGGAGAAGGGACUACCGGAUAGAGGUUGAAUGAAGGUGUAACACACCGUGACCGGCGACGAUCUAAUGAUGGCUCACUGUUUCAUCUUCCAACGAUAC